GUCAAUAUGGGGACCACUCCCUUCAGGGUUGAAGCAGGAGCUGCACCUCAUUACAAGCAAUUGUUCGGCCUGCCGCCUUUCCCAUCUUCACUGGCAAAAGAGAGAGAGAGAGAGAGAGAGAGAGGAAACAGGAAAAAGGAACUUCUACUCCCUGUGCCUGGACAGAGCAGUGAGAGAAAGGGAGAGUUCUAGUGCUUCAGUUGUAGAGGAGGGAUGUCUAUGUUUCUUUUUGCUUCUCCCGGGGUCUCUGAGCUCUGAAACUCUGUGGAUGUGGACGCGCUACUUGUUCAUGCCCCUCAGCCGGGCAAAUAUGCCUCAUCUGCCUGUCUCGGUCACUGUCUGUCUGCUGGGCUGCUUACUUACAGGCAGCGCUCUGGACAUCUCAGACGUGACGCUGAUAAACCCAGAUCCUAUAGUGUCCUCAGCAGAUGCGUCUCUUCUGUGUGUGAGCAGCGACUGGACGUCCUCUGGUCCGGCCUCGCUCACUCUGGGCCGUGAGGUCCCUCUGCCCCAGCAAGACUUGCUCAGUUCCACAGCAGACAAGACAUAUCGCUCUGCAGCCAAAGUCUCCUGGAGGACGCGCAGUGACAUAUUCGGGGCUUUCUUUUGCAAGGUUAAAAACUCAGACAGUCGCAAGGUGUACACAUACAAAAUGCUAAAUGAAGCAUCAUUUCUUCCCGAGGCACUCACGGUGACAGCUAGCAUUGGAGACAACGUGACCAUCUCUUACACGCGGAAAAAAGUGGCCGAAGAGGACACGAUCAUCUACAAGGAGGCAUUACAAUCCUUCAGAGAUGUUAUUAACAAAGACCCAUCUUUCGCACACUCCGUGCCCAAAGGGGAUAUCACAGAUUCAGUUCCCUACCUCAUCAGCGACGUGAAGCAGUCACAUGCAGGACUCUACACCAUCCGCUACAUGUCAGAAGUCCUGCCCACCUCCGCCAUCACUCACCUCAUUGUCCGGAGCUGCAUGGAGGGCAUGUGGGGUUCUGACUGCACUAAGCUAUGCCCGGCCUGCACUAACGGAGGAGUGUGUGAUGAUAAAACAGGAGAGUGCAUCUGUCCGCCCGGCUUUAAGGGUCCCACCUGUGAGACAGUGUGUGGUGAGGGCCGCUUUGGGAAGACGUGUAAGGAGCGCUGUAUAGACGGAAAGUGUCGCUCUCUGGUGUUCUGCCUCAGAGACCCAUAUGGCUGCUCGUGUGCUUCUGGGUGGAAGGGUCUAAACUGCAGUGAGGCGUGUGCACCUGGGUACUACGGCGCUGGCUGCAAACUGAAGUGUGUGUGUGACAAGGCCGGGAAGUGUGACCGCUUCAGAGGGUGUGUGUGUCCUGGGAGACAUGGUGCCCGAUGUGAGAAAGAAGACAAAGCUCCAGUCAUCAUAAGCAGUCUGAGAGAUACAGAGCUGAACUCUGGUGCACCGUACACCGUGAACUGCUCUGUCCACGGCCAACCAGCACCUUUACAUGGAGAAAUCAUCCUGCUCAAGCCAGACAAGACCAUUGUAUACGCCAUGGACACAGAAACAGUGGAAGACCAGAGUACGUCCGUGUUCAGGGUGGACAGGAUCACGGUGGCUGACAGUGGACGCUGGGUCUGUCAGGUGAAGACCACCAGCGUUCAGGUGGAGAAAGACUUCAUCGUCAAUGUUAGAGUUCCUCCACAGCCUCAGUACCCCCCUUCCCUGAACAGCAGUGGGCCGUACCAUCUGGUAGUGCUGGUCAAUAAGGAUCCGUACACCGGGGAUGGACCUAUCACCUCAGUCAAUGUGACCUACAAGCAGGCCAAUUCGUCCACAUGGGAGACGGUGAAAGUGAUUGGCUCUCAGGUGAAGCUGGAGAAUCUCUCCCCCAUGACUCAGUACAUCGCAUUUGUGCAGUUAAGUCGACGAGGACCUGGAGGGACUGGAUAUCCAGGACCUGAGGCUAGCUUCUAUACACAGAAGCUUGAUCUGCCCCUCCCUACAGGGCUGAAACUGACCCCGCUGAAUCAGACCUCUCUGUCCCUGUCCUGGGAUUCUGCCCCUGUCACGGAUCUGGCUAAAGACGACUGGUGUUACGAGGUGGUGUGUGAACAGGCAGGGGACGCCAGCAGAGCAUGGAGGUGGAAGCUGCCUCUGAACUCCACCGGCUUCCAGCUAAACGAACUGAGACCCAGACACAAGUACAAGUGCAGGGUCAGUCUGAGCAGCAGGGCAGCGGGUCACAUCUGUCCCACGGUCAGCGCCUGGACCCUCAGUGAUGAACUUCCUCCUGCUCCGUAUGAUGUCUCCACCUCCAACAUCACCGACUCCUCGGCCAUCCUCAGCUGGUCCAUCGCCGAGGGCCAUUCUGUCUCCAAGAUAAUCAUUCGUUACCAGGAGACGGAGGAGGCGGUGUACAGCCAGCAGGUGGAUCUUGGGGUGCAGCCGUCCCAGAAUUCCAUGCACUUCAUGCUGAGAGGGCUGAGGGCUGACACUGAGUAUCUACUGGAGAUCUGGACUAUUAAUAACAUGGGAGAGAGCAAGAAGAAGGAGCAAGUCUCUCUGAGGACGCUAACACCACAGGAGAGCUCACGCCGGUACGGGUUCAGAGCUGAUGGAAACAUGCUGUUUUACGCCAUUCUGGGUUCUGCUGGAAUGACCUGUCUCACCAUCCUGCUGGCCUUCUGCAUCGUGCUCCAGCUGAAGAGAGCCUCCUUUCAGAGACGCAUGAGAGAGGAACCCGUGGUCCAGUUUAGCUCCGGGUCUUUAAACACUCAGAAGAAAGUGACGAGCUCGACGCAGGCCGUGUCCUACCCAAUGCUGGAGUGGAACGACAUCAAGUUCCAGGAUGUGAUCGGAGAGGGAAACUUCGGCCAGGUGCUCAAGGCUCGCAUCAAGAAGGACGGUCUGAGGAUGGACGCGGCCAUCAAGAGAAUGAAAGAAUACGCUUCUAAAGAUGAUCACAGAGACUUUGCAGGUGAGCUGGAGGUGUUGUGUAAACUGGGUCAUCACCCCAACAUCAUUAACCUGCUGGGAGCCUGCGAGCACCGAGGUUAUUUGUAUCUGGCUAUUGAGUAUGCUCCUCAUGGCAACCUGCUGGAUUUCCUCAGGAAAAGUCGUGUGCUGGAAACAGACCCAGCCUUUGCUAUUGCUAACAGCACAGCCUCCACGCUCUCCUCCCAGCAGCUGCUACACUUUGCUGCAGACGUGGCUCGAGGCAUGGACUACCUGAGCCAGAAACAGUUCAUCCACAGAGAUUUAGCAGCCAGAAACAUCCUGGUGGGUGAAAACUACGUCGCAAAGAUCGCCGAUUUCGGGCUCUCGCGAGGACAAGAGGUGUACGUGAAGAAGACCAUGGGCCGAUUACCUGUGCGAUGGAUGGCCAUAGAAUCUCUCAACUACAGUGUGUAUACAACCAACAGUGAUGUGUGGUCAUAUGGAGUGCUUCUCUGGGAGGUGGUGAGUUUAGGUGGAACGCCGUACUGUGGCAUGACCUGUGCUGAGCUUUAUGAGAAACUGCCUCAGGGGUAUCGCCUGGAGAAACCACUCAACUGUGAUGACGAAGUCUAUGAGCUGAUGAGGCAGUGCUGGAGAGAGAAGCCUUAUGAGAGACCGUCGUUCGCUCAGAUCUUGGUGUCGCUCAAUCGCAUGCUGGAGGAGAGAAAGACGUAUGUGAACACAACGCUGUAUGAGAAAUUCACCUAUGCGGGAAUCGACUGCUCUGCUGAAGAGGCUGGCUGAUUUCACCUCCCUGUGCUCCUGCAUUGCUGUUCACGCUGCGCAGCGGACAUGUAUCAUAAAGUUUAUGCAAUCCUGUGAUCAGGAUUCACGGACUAGAACUCUUUUUUGCACACAUUGUGUCUUCCUUCCUUGUUAUUGUGAUUACUUACUGAAGUAUUGGCUCAUACAGCUGUGUAUUCUCAUUUGUGUUGUGUUGUGAUGCUGUGAGUGAAUGAGUGAGUGAGUGAGUGAGUGAAUGAGUGAGUGAAUGAGUGUGCUGUUCUGCAGUAUGAAAACUGUAGAUGUGUUUUCAAAAUCCGAAGCUGGACGUGGCAGCCAUUUUGAAAGUUUUGGUUGCUGUAUAUUGGGCAUUGUGCAAACAUGUUGGAUAACUUUCAAUGGCUUUUAACGGACCAAUAAACUUCUUGUUAUGAAACGCUGUCGCUUGGGUAAGAGGAUUGUGAAAUUCUGCAACACUACAGAUUAAAAGAAAUGAAUCAC